AUGUCUGCCAAUAUGCGCUCGCCCAGGCUCUCAUCCAAUGCUAGAAACUUGUCUGACGCGAAGCCGUCCAUCGAGUCCUCAGAAGUAAUUGCCGAAACUCGAUCUAUAUCUGACUCUCGCAUUGGAGAGACAGACGAUGAUGUGCAGCUGUUCGAAGAGUUUGGUUACGUUCCGUCGUUCAAGCGCGAGUUUUCGAAUCUUGCCACGAUCAGCUUUGCUUUUAGCAUCAUGGGCCUAUGCUCUAGCGUUGCGACAACAUUCAACACACCUCUCCUUAUGGGUGGACCGGCCUCUGUAACCUGGUGUUGGAUUCUGGGCUCGUGCAUGUGUUUCACGCUCGGAUCAAGUAUCGCAGAGAUUGUAAGCGCAUUUCCUACCUGCGGAGGUUUGUACACCGCAUCUGCGCAACUGUGUCCCCCGCGCCACCGGGCGAUUGUUGGCUGGAUCAUUGGGUGGCUCAAUCUUCUUGGUCACAUAGCCGGACUUGCAUCGUCGGAAUUCGGGCUAGCAGAAAUGAUCUGGGCAGCAGUUGUUAUAUCAAGGGAUGGGAAUUACAUCGUGACUCAGAAUAUGACAGUCGGACUAUUCAUUGGUCUAAUUGUAUUCACAGGACUUUUGAACUGUCUAGCAACGCGUCAACUGUCUCAGCUCACGAAGGGGUUUGUUUUCAUAAAUAUUGGAACAACCAUCUUGAUUAUCGUCGUACUUCUUGCCAUGACUCCUAGAUCGGAUAUGCACCCUGCGAGCUAUGUGUUUGGCUCCGCCGGCCUUGUAAAUCAAUCAAAGGGAUGGGGUAGUGGACUUGCCUUCGUGUUCGGUUUGCUUAGUGUGCAAUGGACGAUGACGGGCUAUGAUGCAACAGCGCAUAUUUCAGAGGAAGUAAGACGAGCUGCAUACGCAGCACCAACGGCUAUCUUCAUGGCUGUGGUUGGCACUGGUCUUCUUGGCUGGGUUUUCAACAUUGUCGUGGUCCUGUGUUCUGGUCCCCUUGAGAACCUGCCGGGCCCAUCAGGGUCUGCCUUUCUUCAAAUAAUGGUGAUGCGUAUCGGGAAACCCGGCGCACUCGUUCUCUGGGCACUCGUAUGUCUGACCGCGUUUUUUGUCUGCCAGACUGCGCUCCAGGCGUCAUCGAGGAUGGUGUACGCAUUUAGUCGUGAUCACGGACUUCCGGACCGAGGCUACUUCGGUCAUGUCACGUCGUGGACGACUACACCUCUGCGUGCCGUCUGGUUCACAACGCUUUUGAGUGUUCUACCGGGCCUGCUCGAUCUCGCUAGCCCCGUCUCGGCCAACGCUGUUUUCGCCCUUUGUGCGAUGUCAUUAGACUCCUCGUAUACCAUUCCGAUCAUAUUGAGGCGACUCUAUCGUAAUCAUCCAGAGGUGAAAUUCAAGCCAGGACCGUUUUACAUGGGUGAUGGUCUGCUUGGAUGGGCGGCGAACAUUGCAUGUGUUUUCUGGGCCUUGUUCGUCUCCGUGAUCUUCUGUAUCCCAACGGAACGUCCCGUCACGAAGUCCAAUAUGAACUAUGCUUCGCUCAUGUGCGGAGGUGUCGUUAUCUUAUCUGGUAUUUGGUUCAUCUGCGGCUUCAAUUUAGAUCAGGAAGAAGAACACAGUUGUAUGAGAGGGUGUCUGGAUGCACCAUUGUUCUGUGGACACAAGUCCACGUUGGUUCAAUUGUUGUCAAUUCCAUUCCUACCCCCGCCUCCUCUACGUGCACGGCAUAUCUUGCGCCACGGAACAGGAAACACGUUGCUUGGGAGGCUCAACUUACCUCCUGAACUAUUGUUUCUGAUCUGCGACAACUUCGAUCGCCUGUUGGAUGCCAUUUCGUUUGGUCUCGCAAACACCAUCCUCUUCAGUAUCGCUCAGAAAAAAAUUCACAAGCUGCAGUGUGCUAAAUACGCUUGCUGGGUCAACAGUCGCAUCAUUUGUCUUGGCGACCACACGGACGACAACGAUCUACCUGAGGGUAUGAUGACGAAAGCUGAAUUAGAGGCCAUUCACAAACGUGCUGAGCUCAGUGACGACUUUGAUCCCGACGAUAUCUGUAACCUUUAUGACGCUGCAUGUGUCACAUUUCGCGAGCGAUCAAGCCCUCAAACCUUUUUUUGGAUAUAUCACUGCGAAUUCUCCUCCGACCUAUCAAGAAGUGAACAUAAGGAGUUUCAGAGGCUUUACGAGCCUGUCUAUGAAAUCGAAGGAGAUAAAACUGGUCCCUGGGCGCUCUGCAACCUGUCCAAACGAGAAUUCGUGCGUGCGGAUGCUACGGCCAAGGUGACAGGAGCAAAGUCUAUGGGUCCGUUCAUUGCAAGUAAGAUCAAUCUUGGGACGGUGCUGAUUUCACAAAUCUGCUGGUCGUCGGAUGACUCUACCGCGUCAAGCUACGAAAGACCAAUUCACCGCGGGGCCUGGGCGGGUGACCGCUUCGUGAUCACAACUUUGGAUCGCCUCGAAGCGUCAUCGGAGUAUAAGGAUGUCAGCAAUACAGUUCUCGCUGUGCUUACAGGGUUUCAAAAAUACGUUGGUCAAUAA